AUGGUGCAGUCGGUGGGGCGGUUGCAGGAUAAACAUGUCCGGAGGCGAGGCGAGGUGAGGCGGCCGGAAGCAGAGCACCUGGCCGCUUCCGGCCGGCUGGCAGGCUGGCUGGCGGUGAUGUUUAGUGUGAAAGAUGACAAAAAAGAGUAUGAAAAGUCAUCAGAGUCAUCAUACACAUCCUGUGUCCAGUUGCUCUUGCCCAGCCCCAAGCUUCCUGUGAUGGAAAGUAUUAUUGAAGUUUGCUCAUCGGACUCAGCACCUUCAAAAAGGAAGCACCAGGAGAUGGCCUCUAGUUCAGCAACUUCUAUUGCUGAACCUGAGAGGAAAAUCAAAAGGAGGAGAGGCAAGAAGGAAAGGCUCUUAACCAAGGAGGUUAAGACAGCCAGCCAGAAGAGCCUGACAGCUGUUGCGAAUGCCACCUCCAUCAAGGAGCCCUCAAUACUGGAACCCAGGAGGAAGCAAACAAAGAAGAGUAAUGAAUGGACCAUCAAUUACUCAGAGAACAGAAAGCUGUGGAUGAGCAAGCGGAGAAGCUCCAGUUACCGUCCUGAAGACCUGGAAGCCUUCUUCCGACUUCUAGAGGAUUCCAUCAUCCAGAGAUUUUUGGAAGACGACAAUUACUUCAAAGGGUCUGACAAGUAUCUGCUCUCCAUGUUGGUGGAAUAUUUUGGCCGAGUUGGACUGCCUGGACACCUCUACAAUAGGAUCCACUUCUUUCUGGCCCUCUACAUUGCCUCUGAAAUGGAGGAGGCCGACCCUACCUCCCAGUGGAUCAUCCUCCAGUCCCUGCUGGGCAGGGAGAACAUGGAUAAACUCCGCAAGGAGUUUCUCAAGCUGAGGAUGGAGUUCUUCCAGGCCAUGGAAUACCGAGCCUGGGUCAGCCCAGAGCUCUGUGAGGAGAUCCAGGCCCAGAACCCACAGCACUGGGUCUGGAGGCGGGUGCGCCAGUGCACCCCCUAG